CUUCACAGUGAUAAUAAACACAGGAGUCCAACAGUGAGAGGUCGUCCUCUAUAGUGUGAGAACUGAGGGGAUGCAGAGAGCCGAGGCAGACAGCUUCUCAGACUUGGGUUCCUGAAUCAUAGCGCAUAGUCUCUCCCUCACCUCACAAUGUGGAAACCCUCGUCCACCUUCAGCUCAGCCGCAGAGCCGCGCGCUGCUGCCGCCGCGGUCACCUGCCUGCUCGUCACCGGGAUGCUGGUCGUCACGGUCGGACACCCGAGCAGCGCUGACCCGGCGGAGCAUGCAGCUGCAGCGGCAAGCGGGAGAGCUUUCUCGGCGUACUUCAGGAAGCUGGCCCGGGAGAAGAGGGCGAUAAGCAGCCCCCCGAGGAGGAGCCUUCCCUCCGGGCCUGUGGAGCCUCUCACCCCAGAGGACGUGUUCAUAGCGGUAAAAAGCACCGGGAGAUACCACCGGCAGAGGCUGGAGCUGCUGCUGGAUACCUGGAUCUCCAGAAACAUGCAACAGACGUACGUGUUCACAGACGGAGAGGACGAGUGGCUGAGGAAAAGGAUGGGAGCUCACCUCAUCAACACCAACUGUUCAGCAGCCCACAGUCGUCAGGCCCUCUCCUGUAAAAUGGCUCUGGAAUAUGAUGCCUUCAUGAACUCCGGCAAAAAGUGGUUCUGUCACGUGGAUGAUGAUAACUACCUGAACGUCGGCUCCCUGCUCAAGCUCUUGUCUCAGUACAGUCACACUCAGGAUGUCUACAUCGGUCGGCCCAGCCUCGAGAGACCAAUAGAGGCCACAGAGAGACUUGACACCGCUGAAACGAGGCAGGUACGUUUUUGGUUCGCCACAGGAGGAGCAGGAUUCUGUCUGAGCCACGGACUCGCCCUCAAGAUGAGACCCUGGGCUAGUGAUGGCACUUUCAUGGCGACAGCUGAGCACAUACACCUCCCUGAUGACUGCACUGUUGGCUACAUCGUGGAGGCUUUGCUUGGCGUGAGCCUCAUCCGCUCAGCGCUCUUCCACUCCCACCUGGAGAACCUGGGGCUGGUUUCAGACGUACACAGCCAGGUGACGCUCAGUUAUGGCACGGUGGAAAACAGUAGAAACAGCGUGAACCUGAAAGGACCCUUUUCAAUAAAUGACGAUCCUACGAGGUUCAGGUCAGUUCAUUGUCUGCUGUACCCAGACACUCCUUGGUGCCCGAGCUCCUGGCGACUUUAAACUCCCAUCCAGAGAGAGACACACAGACUGGUGGAGGGGAAACACUGUCUGCAGAAAACUUCAGAUUCUCUCUCAUGCUGGAGGAAUUCUGUGCAGGCAUUGAGGAAUCGAGAGAGGUACUCCAGACCUGAAGAAUGUCUGAAACAGUUCAGACAAAACUUUUCUUUUCAUCCCGCUACAGUCCGUGUCAUCUGCUGAAUUUUAAGCACAAAGACCAAAGCUCAAAAGUCUUGGAUGGGCCAAAGAAGGAGAACAAACUUUGCUGUUCUUCCACUGAGGACAAGAACAUUUUAAAUUCAACCUGUCCCACAGUGUGAUCAUAUGUCCAACUUACUUUUCCACACUAGAUUUCACUAAUUUAAAGAAUGUCUCCAUAUUGCUUGCCCAUCUGUAAAUUCAGCUUGAAAACCAUCUUAAUGAGAGUUAUGUUUGGCCCAGUAAGACACACUGUCUGAAAACCUGUAAUGUAAUAAUAAGAGAUACAAUGAUGGCCUUAAAAAGUAAGGCAAGCUAUAAUAAUCCUCAUCAUUGCAUGUUAACUGUAGGAUUAUGCUUAAUGUGCAGAUAAGGGUGUGUGCAGCUGAAGCUAUAAUGUAGUUGAAGUCAAGCUCAGGCUUAAAGCUACAGUUAGAGCUAACAAGUCCAUAAUUAUAUUACCAUGCAUUCCUCUUCAUGCUCCACUGUGGACCUCUUUGAACUUGAUUCAUGUCCCUGUUAUACUAAAGAGAAGUGAAGUCAUCAGUUCAGAAACAAUAGGAACAAUAAUUCAAUGUGUAUCAGGAUGAUGAAGCAAAAAUGAGGAAAGAGGUUAUAACAGUGUUAUUGAACCCAGACUCCUUCUCUGAAGUUCGAUGAUGUCAUUGUUCAGUAUUAUCCUUUCUCUAUUAUAGUAAUGACUCAGCACUUUUUUGUUUUAUUUCUGCUGUUUGCAAUUUUUCAAAUGCUAAAAGUUGAAGAAAAAAAAGACAGAAAAAUUGGGGAAUAUUCUCAUUUGUCUAUCAACAAGACUUGAGAAGAUUGAUAUGCCUCUGGCUAAAUGCUAAGUAUGCGGUUAGCUAAGAUAGCUGAAAACAGCUAGCUGGGCUCUGUUCAAAAUAACCCAAAGUACAAACUGUAGGUUUUACUCUUUAGUAAAUAUUAAACAAACACAUUAGUGUUGAGUUUUUAAACACACAGUAGCAGACUUAGUUAUCUUCAGACAAAACCAGGCUAGCUGUUUUCUCCUGUCUCCAGUCUUUGAGCUAAGCCCAGCUAAGCUAACCUGCUGCUUGUUCCAGAAAUGAGAUGGCAUCAAUUUUCUUAUCUUACUUUUGGAGAGAUAUUAUAGUAUUUUACAAAAAAAUGAAGAAACAAUUCAUUUUAAAACUGUUGUAUUUUGUAUUUUAAACCACAUAGUGAGGCCACUGUUACAAAAUAAUCAUCUAAAAAGUGAAUUUUUGUACAUUUAAAUGGAUUGAUUACGACUUAAUCCUUCUGAAUUUUGAAAAGUUGCACAGAAGCAACAUAACAAAGAUAUUCACUUUUGAGAUUUUAUCCAGAAAUGACUCAUGUUGGGUCGUCUUUUAUCUUUUUAUGCUUUGAAAUCAGCUGUUACGACUGAAAGAAGUCAGUUCAAUUCUGUCCUUAAUUAAAUGAAUGUAUAUGAUGAAAUGUUGAUUCUGAAGCAGAUAUGCUCUAUCCAGUAUCUGGACUCUGUGUAGACGUCAUGAUUGGAGUUAAUAAAACAGAUUUUUGGUCAAAAGUUGA